AUGAGCUUGCAACGACGAAGUACAUUGUUUAGAUAUGCGAUCGCCUCACUGUUAGUGAAGUCUUCCGUAGAAUUUGUUGCGCCACGAGCCACUUGCUGGAGUGGCUACUAUUAUCUGUUGAUACGACCACGACACCAACAUGACGAACGAUUCGCAGCAGAAUCCAGCAACCACCACCACCACCACCAAAUCAAAGUAACGUUACAAAGGCGGGAUGGCUUCCAGACAUAUCUUCCAUCGUCCUACAGCAGCAGUGAAGAUACUACGAGUAGUAUUUCUCAACCACCUUCCUCCACGACAUCGGGUUCCUCGGCGGUCCGUUCCCAGCGGCCACUCCCCACCGAUUCUGACAAACUCCAGAUGAUUUCCUUUUACAAAUUUACCCCUCUCGCCAACCCAGAAGAAUGCCGAGACACUCUGUUUGAGAAAAUCCAAGAAAUUCCGGGUCUUUGUGGUUCCAUUUACUUGGCACAAGAAGGAAUCAAUGGCCAGAUGGCGGUUCCACCUCAUCACCUCGACGAGCUUUUGGAGGCGUGUUCGAGCAGUCUGUCAUCUUUGGAUCUAUUCGUCGACGAGAAACCGAAUCUUGGGGAUGUGGUCCCAAUCUCGACCCCUACCUUUGAUAAAUUGAUUGUUCGAACUCGCGACUAUGUGCUCAGAGAUGGUAUCGAUUCAGAGAUUGGUAGGACAUUGGAUUGGAGUGAUGCCGGGCCCGAACUAGAGGCCGACGAAUGGCACGAGGCGGUCAUGAACAGAGGAUCCGAUAAUAAGAUUAAGAAUAAGAAUAAUAGUAUGGGAGCCUUGUUGGAUUGCCGGAAUUUGUACGAGUCAGAGGAAGGAACCUUUCGUGGAGCCACUCCUUUGGAAACGGAUAAUUUUCAAGAUUCCUGGUCUCAGUUGGAUGGAAUGACCAAGGAUCUUUCGAAAGACGAACCAGUCUAUAUCUUUUGUACUGGUGGAAUUCGCUGUGUCAAGGUUGGCGCCUAUCUGAAACAGCAUUUGGGAUUUGACAAUGUGAAACGGUUAAAGAAUGGGAUCAUUGGAUAUCAAAAAUGGGCAGAAGAGAAUCCAGGUGAACCCUCCGCUUGGGAGGGAGAGAAUUUUUUGUUUGACAAGCGCUGGUCUGAAAACAAGGGGGAAGUAAACGAAGAGACAAUAGAAAAAGAGUGA